AUUAUAGUCUCGCCGCACUACAGUAUCGUGCUUUGAUAUAUUGUUUCAUUUUGAGAUUCAGUGAAAUUCUUCAAGCCCCUAGUCUCUAGAGCUGUCAAUGCCAAGAUGCCAUGGCCAUCAACAGAUGCAUGCUCUAUUAUAGCCUAAUAAAAAUGAUACGAAAUGUAACGUUAAGACUUUCCUUCGAUCACCCCCAAGCACCAUAGCUUUUCUUCGGACGUAUCGCAUACAUAUUCCCUAGCCAAUAGCAAACAGGAUCUCACCAACAUGAAGGUAGCCGUCAGAGAUUUACACGCCUUCCUCGACUUCAUCAACCUCCGUGCCUCAAGCAGUGCAACUAUUAUCGAGGCUUCGGCUACACUUGUCCUCCCAAGCACUCCUAACCCCGUCAUAGGUAAUGUCGCCCUGUGGAGCGGCCUCCAACUAGACUCAGACUUCAUCCAAGGGGUCUCAGAGAACGCCCCAGCUGGCUUAGGUUACUGUGCCAAUCCUGCCGCGAACUGGUGCAACUUUGCAUAUGCCCUCGCCCCCAGUGCGCAGAAUGGCACAACAAUGGUUGCUGCUCCUGGAUCCAAAGUUCGGACGCAUUACAAGCUUAAUCCGUCAACAAGUCUGUGGGAUCAGGAUGUUUACGUAAACGAUCAGUUGGUAUCAACUGUAUCUACAAGUAAAGGACAGAAGGGAAAGAUAUUUUACGUUUCCGUAGAUUGUGUAGCUUCUCCUUGUUCCGCCGCCCCAGCACACAGCUGGGAAGAUAUCUCAAUUGUCUUGAGCGCCGCGAAUCCGAAAUUCAAACCAUCCGGGAGCUGGAAUUUCGGGGCGACUGGUGGUCAAAUGUCUAGUUCGGACGGUGGAAAGACUUGGGCAUUUACAACGGUCAACAUCCCUACUUCAUUAAAAUAGACUUUAGCAGUUAAAUAUUGUGCGUCUUCCUAUAAAUGUUAUUAGUUUUAAUAAAUAAAGAUGCUAAAAAAGC